AUGCUGAUUGACUCCGAUUCUGUCAUUGCGUCGGGUAUCUGCGACCAAACGUCAAACUAUCGUGAGUCUGUGACUAAAAGCGGCCGGCCUGACUCAGGCUCUCCGAAUGAAGAUGACGCACUCGCUGAUGGACUAGCAAUUGCAUCACCUGAGCUUGUGAAGGAUUUCAGUCUCAUCGAGAGGCACCAGUUCCUUCUGGGUGGCACGGGAAAAUGGGGUGUUCGAAGCGGCAACAGAAAUUUCAGCUCCACGCAUAGCAUUGCCUGGUCCACUUUGCACCGCUCUGAGGCUGUGCGUCUGCCGUCUCUUUGGGCUGCUCGGGCCUCCCGUUGUGGCGCCCUCUCUGCCGCAAAACCCUUAGGCAUUCGGCCUCAGGAACAGAUGGCCAUUCUGGUACCAUCGUCUUUAUCACCAUUCUCUACAAGUGUCCAUCCUGACCUGUCCUCCUCGCUCCCUUUGCCUCCUUCUCUCUCUCUCUCUCACACACACACACACUUGCAUUACUUCCGCUCAUGGGGGAACCGGUACACCAAAUGCUCUUGUGCAGACGCCACUUGUGUUCCCGACACUUUUUCAAGCAUAAACUCCUUCCAGGUGGGAGUUCAUUGGCCCCACUCACCUGCUCUCCUCUUCUACCCCCAAUCUCUUCGGCCCUCAUGCCCUCAAAGUCCCUCGGUGUAUACCACCAUUUCGGACAUCUAUCCAUGUACAGGAGAUAUUUGUAGUCGCUUAUCCCACCCCGGAGGACUGGCCUCGUUGCCAAGCCUCGCGGCCAUACUGUGUGAUCGUCAAGUGGAGAUGGUAAAUGGUGAGUUUAAGGGGAAUACGAGCAGCAUCUUGGAGAGGACGCCUCAACAACCGUUUGACUGGAGGCAUGCGUCCAAGACCCGACGAGACGGCGCAUCGGUGAGACCACUUGACUUGAGCUGUUGCGCUGGAGACUUGCGUGUCUGUAGGGCACUUGUCUGGGGGGGCGGCCGCGGCGGUGACGGAUGCGUCGGUGAGAAGAGGCUAAUUUGUCCGAUUGCGUAA